UCUCUCUACGAACAGCUCGCUCUCAGGGGCCGGACACCAGAGAGAUGGCAGCUGCCUCCACGGACUCCGGCCAGGGCGCCACCAAGAUCACUCCCGAGGUGCUGCAGGAGAUGCUGAGCUACUACAACCUGAGCCGCCGGGAGUUCAUCAACACCUACAACAUCCAGCCGCUCGUCUACAUCCCCGAGUUGCCGUACAGCGCCAAGACCACCUUCGUGAUCAUGUACGCGGUCAUCUUCGUGCUGGCGCUGGCGGGGAACACGCUGGUCAUCUACAUAGUGGUGAAGAAACGUGCGAUACACACGGCGACGGACAUCUUCAUCUGCUCCCUGGCGGUCAGCGACCUGCUCAUCACUUUCUUCUGCGUGCCUUUCACCCUGCUGCAGAACAUCUCCUCGGAGUGGUUCGGAGGGGUUCUGGUUUGCAAGACAGUUCCUUUUGUACAGACUACAGCCAUAGUCACGGGCAUCCUCACAAUGACCUGCAUUGCCAUCGAGAGAUACCAGGGCAUUGUCUUCCCCCUGAAAAUGAGGAGGCAGUACUCAUCCAAACGAGCAUACAAGAUGCUAGGGCUCGUAUGGAUUGCUUCAGUGAUAGUGGGCUCACCGAUGCUGUUUGUGCAGCAGCUAGAGGUGAAGUACGACUUCUUGUACGAUCAUUACCACGUGUGCUGUCAGGAAAGUUGGCACUCUGUGACUCACAGGCAGACGUACACCACCUUCAUCAUGGUGGCUCUGUUCCUGAUCCCCUUGGCCGCCAUGCUGUUCCUCUACACGCGCAUUGGGAUCGAGCUGUGGAUCCGCAACAGGGUGGGCGACUCCUCAGUCCUCAACACCAUGAACCACAGAGAGAUCAGUAAAAUCUCAAGGAAAAAGAAAAGAGCCGUCAAAAUGAUGAUCACCAUCGUCCUGUUGUUCACAAUUUGCUGGGCACCAUUCCACACAGUCCACAUGCUGUUUGAGUACUAUGACCUGGAGAAGAAAUACGACGGCGUCACAAUCAACAUGAUCAUCGCUGUUGUUCAGGCCAUCGGGUUCUUCAACAGCUUCAACAAUCCAAUCGUGUACGCCUUCAUGAAUGAGAACUUCAAGAAGAGCUGCGUCUCCACCCUCUCCCACUGCGUCAGGAAGCCCAACCAGAAGGGCGGUGCCGUGGUGGCACCUAAACUGAGUGUGCAGUUCAUCAAACCCCAAAGCAGAGACGCAUUUAUGGAAUUGGAGGAAGGCAACAGCUCGAACCAGCACUCCAGGGAGAAAGGCCCCUCGAGUUCACUGCACAGAGACAGCUCCCUGGAACCGAUAGGAGAAAAAAUCUCCACCAUCCAAACUGAGCUGCCUGCAAACAGCUCCUCCCAAAUCAAAUGAGGAGGACAAGGGUUCGGAAGCUCAAAGUGUUUAGCUGUUGAACUCCACUAUCCUCUCUGCUGUCAGUCUCUGGCACAUGACAGUCUCACCAUUGUCAUUCAAACACUCAAAAUAAUGCACCAGCUUGAAAGCACAUCUCUGCAGAGAUUGUUCUGUUAUUACUCUGGUCAGGAAACACAGGAGCAAAGGAAAUGAAGGAAUUCUGAGAAGAGGUAGUUUCACUAUGAAAGCGGCCCUGGCAGCGAUGAGGAGCAGCGGUCACGCUACAAUCUCAGAGGUAUCUGUGCAAGAAAUCAUAUCUCUUGAGGAGUUUCAAAUAUCUGCAGGAUGCUCAGUCUCUCUCUCUCUCUCAGUGAACAUUUAAUAAUGUGUCCAAGGAAACCCUGUUCAUUGUUAUUCCAAAUCUGCAAAACAUUUUCCGCCUCAUGGAGCAAACUGUUUGGAAAUUAUAACAAAGAAGCACAGCCAUGGUUUUAGCAGCUAAGGAUGGAUGAACCUCUAAAUGUUUAACAACUAAAUUUGCAUCUGUUCAAAUGGUAGACUUUGUUUAUCCCUUUUCCACAAACACUCCGAGUGCUUUACACUAUGAACCAGGUUCUAAGCACUUCUCUAUCACUCAUCAUCCAUCCUGCUCACAAACUGACAGCAAAGCCUGAGGACACAUCAACAUGCAGAGUGCAGGAGCUGGGGAUCGAACCAUUAACUGACCCAUUAAGGGACAACCUGCUCUGCCCUCUUGACUCAAAGUUGAAGUCAGAUAUUCAGUAUCACAGACAUGGACAGGUGGGUCGGUGGUUGAACUACGUGCCAAACCAUUACCUAUGGUUAGGAGUUCUGGGUAGUGAGUUUGGACGACUACCUCCUUGAUAAGCGGAAGACAAUGGAUGGAUGAAUGGAAUCAGUUCAGGGUCAAUCAGUACAAACUUUUAUUUCAAUGGUGACAAACUUUCUUUGACUAUUACCGCUCCUGAGCUGGCCUUUUCCUAAAACUCAAAUCUGAUGAUGAAUUGCCUUGUACCUUGUGCUUAAGAUUCUGUGGGCUGUGAUGAAUUAAUGAUUAAUUUAUGUAACGUGUUAUAUCAGCAGGUGGCCUCGUGAGUACUGCCCUUGUGCAGUUUUUUAAAUGGUUCAUGUUUUAAGCGAUUAUUCUUCAGCCUUUUCGAGACCAAACUCGACAUGAAAAAGCUUG